CUAAAACAUUAACACACUCGAAAACUCAUUGCUUGCUCGAAACAAAAACCAAUCCCAUAUUUCUACCUUUAAACUUCAUCUAGCAGCAUCUUCUUUAAAACCCUAUCAGUUCUCUCUCUGUGAAACAACCUCCAAAACUAUUCAAAAACUAAACCAUUUCUCGCCCAUUAACCCCAGCUACUACAAAUAAAAAUACUAAAAAAAGAGAUUAAAAAUAACACCUUUAUUUGAAUCUCUGUGUUGUUGAAUAGGAUGGCAGAAGCAGAGGUAGGAUCUGGUGAAGGAGCGUCUGAAGAUAUGUCAUUGAAGGAUAAAGGGAAUGAAUUUUUCAAGGCUGGGAACUACCUCAAAGCUGCUGCUCUUUACACCCAGGCCAUUAAGCUAGACCCUUCAAAUCCUGCUCUUUAUAGCAAUCGAGCAGCAGCAUUUCUACAUUUGGUUAAACUUAACAAAGCUCUUAUUGAUGCUGAGACAACAAUCACAUUGAAUCCUCAAUGGGAAAAGGGAUAUUUUCGGAAAGGAUGCAUAUUAGAGGCCAUGGAACGAUAUGAUGAUGCUUUAGCUUCCUUCCAAAUAGCUUUGCAAUACAACCCACAAAGUGCAGAAGUAUCAAGAAAAAUUAAGAGGCUCUCCCAGGUUGCAAAAGAUAAAAAGCGAGCUCAAGAAGUGCAAAACUUGCGAUCCAAUGUGGAUAUGGCAAAAAGCUUGGAAACAUUGAAAUCUGAAAUGUCUGAAAAGUAUGGAGAUGAAGAUUGUUGGAAAGACAUUUUUUCUUUUCUUGUUGAGACAAUGGAAACAGCUGUAAAAUCAUGGCAUGAGACUUCAAAAGUAGAUCCUAGAGUCUACUUCCUUCUUGAUAAGGAGAAGACCCAGGCUGAUAAAGAUGCUCCAGUUGUCAACAUUGACAAGGCAUUUGAAUCUCCCCACACACACAGCAGUUGUUUUUCAUUUCUUAGGCAAUGUGCUGAAGACUCUUUUGCUGGAGCAGCUUGCUUAGUUGCACCCAAAAGUAUCAUAGCUUAUCCGCAGGUUUGGAAAGGUCAAGGGUCAAGGAAGUGGAGACAUGGGCAACAUGAUGGUUUCUUUGUUCAAUUUGAGUCACUGCUCUUGCGAAAACUAUGGUUUAUUUCAAGUUCAAAUGAGAUGGGAAAGACAUUGUGCAGAGAUCCGGAGGUUCUGGAUAUAGGUGCACAUGAAUUGCUUCCACGCCUAUUCAAAGGAAAGCAGUCUAACUCUUCAUGAGUUUUGUCUUCUGCUGAAGGAAAUAGCUAGGCAAACUGGUGGACUUGACUCAAAUGUUCACAUGUUCAUAAAAGAAACGACAGUGUACUGUGCUUCUUUGUUAUUUUGAGCUGGAUACAAAUUUCUUUUUAGAUGUGAAAAUUUGCAACUAUGUGCUUUUCUAAGUCACAUAGAAAUCAUGUUCUUGAUUUUGAAAAUUUCUAAAGAAGUUUGUGGGCCUUUUUCAGUCAUUGCAUUUUAUGGUUGAAAAUGCUUUCUUGCAUAUGGUUUUCAAGGGUUUCGGCUCUAGGGUGAGUUCAUGCUUGCUUCUAGUUCCAUACUUCUGUUAUAUGUUGGAAGAACAACAAAGGUAGUUGGUGUAGAACAUAUUAGUUUAUAUAUGUAGGAAAUGAUCAAGAAGGGCUACUAUAGCUUUGACUCAUUUCCUACUGAUUUAUGCAAUCCAUUUUUUUAGCUUCUUUCCCUCUUGCUACUUACCUUUAAUGUUAUAAACUAUUAUUAUAGAUAUGUUAAUCAAUUUAUGCUUGUAUGUUAUGUUGUCAAGCCUGGUUGUAAACCGGCUGGAACUAUGAAUGAAGAUGAUCUAGGAAUCUGUAUGUUUAAUGGACGUUAGGACAAUGAUAGUUUGUCCAAAAUGUUAGAUGCAUCGGAG